CCCCGGGAGCGAAAAGCUCACGGUGCUCCUGUUAAAAUAAUAUUUAUAUUUGAUAAAUCGACUUGUGUGGUGGACAGCGUGAAGGGUAUAUAAAAACGUUGCCACUUACUUGCUGGAAUGUGGGGCAGGCACACUUGGCGCUGUUUGAUAGCUAAAUAGAAAAUGCUGGAAUGAUAAAACGGCCUGCUGCUUAUCAUCCAGCGUUCCAGUCCAUGUCCACUCCUUCUGACCCGUCAGGUGGUAUGUCCCAUCCUGGCCCUUCCCCGGGUGCGGGCCUUUCACCCGGCCCCAUCCUGGGCCCCAGCCCCGGACCGGACCCGUCACCCGGCUCAGUUCACAGCAUGAUGGGACCCAGCCCCGGGCCCGGAACGCCCAAUGCAGCCCACGGCAUGCAGGGGCAGAGUGACUUCUCGCAAGACAUGAUGUAUUCUAUGCACAAGCCCAUGGAGGGAAUGAACGACAAGGCAAUGGCGGACACGAUGCACUUUGGGCACAUGAAAGGCGUGGGCAUGAGAUCUCUCCACAGCGGCAUGGGCCCCCCACAGAGCCCAAUGGACCAGCAUGGCCAGGGCUACAUGUCUCCCCAUCCUUCACCGAUGGGCGUACAUGAGCACGUGUCCAGUCCCAUGUCCGGGAGCGGAGGACCCACGCCACCCCACAUGCCCCCCUCCCAGCCGGGCCCCAUGAUGCCCAUGGACCCGCAAGCAGGAGGAGGAGGAGGCGGCGGCGGUGGCAUGGUACCCAACAUGUCCGGCAUGGGCCAGCAAGGCCGUGGGCCAUCGGCAUUCAGUCAGGCCCAGCUGCAGCAGCUCCGGGCUCAGAUCCUGGCCUACAAGGUGUUGGGGCGCGGGCAGCCGUUGCCCGAGAACCUCCAACUGGCCGUGCAAGGAAAGAGGAGCCUACCCACAAUGCAGCAACAACAGCAGCAACAGGCGGCGAGUGGUAGUCCUUACAACAGACCUCAAGGCAUGCCAAUGGCACCUUUGGGUGGAGCCCAGUCCAGCCCGUGCCCCACUCCAGCCAUGCAAGGACACAAUCAAGGUGCAGGGCCCAAACCUUGGCUCGAUGGCCAAGGCGGUGACAAUCAAGCCGGCGCCCCCAAGCACCUCCCCCCUGUGAGCGGCGGUCGCCCGUCGCCCGCGCCUCCCCAGGCCGCCUCUUUGCCAGCCGGGCCCCUGCCGGGCGGCUCCGUGGCCCCUCAACCGGCGGGCCAGCAAGUGUCCCCCAUGCUGCAGAUGCAGCAGAAGCAGAACCGCAUCACACCCAUUCAGAAGCCACAGGGCCUGGACCCGGUGGGCAUCCUGCAGGAGAGGGAGUACAGGCUGCAGGCCCGGAUUGCACAUCGUAUCCAAGAGCUGGAGAGUCUGCCGGGCUCCCUUCCGCCCGACCUGAGGAACAAGGCCACGGUGGAGCUCAAGGCACUGCGGCUUCUCAACUUCCAGCGGCAGCUGAGACAGGACGUGGUGGCGUGCAUGCGGCGGGACACUACCCUGGAAACGGCCCUCAACUCCAAGGCGUACCGCCGCAGCAAGCGGCAGACACUACGGGAGGCACGCAUGACAGAGAAGCUGGAGAAGCAGCAGAAGCUGGAGCAGGAGAAGAAGCGCCGGCAGAAACACCAGGAAUACCUUAACAGUAUCCUCCAGCAUGCCAAAGACUUCAAGGAGUACCACCGCUCCAUGUCGGGGAAAAUGCAGAAGCUCACACGAGCCAUCGCCACUUGGCACACUAACACGGAGCGGGAGCAGAAGAAAGAGACUGAGAGGAUCGAGAAGGAGCGAAUGAGGAGACUUAUGGCGGAGGAUGAGGAGGGCUAUCGAAAACUCAUCGACCAGAAGAAGGACAAGCGUUUGGCUUACCUACUGCAGCAGACGGACGAGUACGUGGCCAACCUCACCACCCUGGUGUACGAGCACAAAGCUGCGCAGGCGGCAAAGGAGAAGAAGCGACGGAAGAAGAAGAAGAAGGCGAAGGUUGACGGAGAAGGUGGUGAAGGAACAAGUGCCAUCGGACCUGAUGGGGAGCCCAUGGACGAGAGCAGCCAGAUGAGCGAGCUGCCCGUCAAGGUCAUCCAGACGGAGACGGGCAAAGUUUUGCAGGGUACGGACGCGCCCAAAUCCAGCCAGCUGGAGGCCUGGCUCGAAAUGAACCCCGGGUACGAAGUUGCGCCAAGGUCGGACAGCGAGGAGAGCGGCUCUGAGUUUGAGGAGGAGGAGGAAGGAGAGACGACCAAGGGCGAAAAUGACAAGACCAUAGAAGAUCCCGUCGAAGAGGCCAAGCACAUUAUCGAGUCAUCCAAGCAAGACGUGGAUGACGAGUACAGCGUGCCGACAGACGAGACCAGCCUGCAGUCCUACUACGGCGUGGCCCACGCCGUCAUCGAGAGGGUGGAGAAGCAGUCGUCUCUCCUGAUCAACGGCUCGCUCAAACACUACCAGGUUCAAGGCCUGGAGUGGAUGGUGUCGCUCUACAACAACAACUUGAACGGCAUCCUGGCAGACGAAAUGGGUCUGGGCAAGACCAUCCAAACCAUCGCCCUCAUCACGUACCUGAUGGAGCGCAAGAGACUCAACGGGCCCUAUCUCAUCAUCGUGCCUCUCUCGACUUUAUCCAACUGGAUCUACGAGCUUGACAAGUGGGCUCCAUCCGUGGUCAAAAUUGCCUACAAGGGUACCCCCGGACUACGCCGGGGACUCGUGCCGCAGCUUCGCAGCGGCAAGUUCAACGUUUUGCUGACCACCUACGAGUACAUCAUCAAGGACAAACACAUACUGGCCAAGAUACGUUGGAAGUACAUGAUAGUGGACGAAGGCCACCGCAUGAAGAACCACCACUGCAAGCUGACCCAAGUGCUGAACACGCACUACGUGGCGCCGCGCCGCCUGCUACUCACCGGCACGCCACUGCAGAACAAGCUGCCCGAGCUGUGGGCGCUGCUCAACUUCCUGCUGCCCACCAUCUUCAAGAGCUGCAGCACCUUUGAGCAGUGGUUCAACGCCCCCUUCGCCAUGACGGGCGAAAGGGUGGACCUCAACGAGGAGGAGACCAUUUUGAUUAUUCGACGUCUGCACAAGGUUCUCCGCCCUUUUUUGCUGCGCCGCCUGAAGAAGGAGGUGGAGUCUCAGCUGCCAGAGAAGGUGGAGUAUGUUGUCAAAUGCGACAUGUCCGCCAUACAGAAGGUCUUGUACCGGCACAUGCAAAAGGGAAUCCUCCUCACCGAUGGCUCGGAGAAAGACAAGAAGGGUAAAGGGGGAGCGAAGACCCUUAUGAACACCAUCAUGCAGCUGAAGAAAAUCUGCAACCACCCGUACAUGUUCCAACAUAUCGAGGAGUCAUUUGCUGAGCAUUUGGGCUACUCCAACGGCAUCAUCAGUGGGCCCGACCUGUACCGAGCAUCUGGGAAGUUUGAGCUCUUGGACCGCAUCCUGCCAAAGCUGGAGGCCACCAAUCACCGGGUGCUGCUCUUCUGCCAGAUGACCACACUUAUGACCAUCUUGGAGGACUACUUUGGCUCCCGUAACUUUCAGUAUUUGCGUCUCGACGGAACCACCAAGUCGGACGACCGAGCCUUGCUGCUGAAGAAAUUCAAUGAGCCGGGGUCGCAGUACUUCAUCUUCCUGCUCAGCACCCGGGCUGGCGGCCUCGGACUCAAUCUGCAGGCCGCUGACACCGUCGUCAUCUUUGACAGCGACUGGAACCCCCAUCAGGACCUCCAGGCGCAAGAUCGCGCUCACCGCAUCGGCCAGCAGAACGAGGUGCGCGUGCUGCGCCUCUGCACCGUCAACAGCGUGGAGGAAAAGAUCCUGGCGGCCGCCAAGUACAAACUCAACGUGGACCAGAAGGUUAUCCAGGCGGGCAUGUUCGACCAGAAGUCCUCCAGCCACGAGCGCCGCGUCUUCCUGCAGGCCAUCCUGGAGCACGAGGAGCAGAACGAGGAAGAAAAUGAGGUACCCGACGACGAAACCCUGAAUCAGAUGAUCGCCCGCAAUGAAGAUGAGUUUGAGCUGUACAUGCGCUUCGACAUGGACCGGCGGCGGGAGGACGCCCGGAACCCGAAACGUAAGCCACGUCUCAUGGAAGAGGACGAGCUUCCCUCCUGGAUCAUCAAGGACGACGCCGAGGUGGAGCGCCUCACUUACGAGGAGGAGGAGGAGAAGAUGUUUGGCCGAGGGUCUCGCUGUCGCCGGGACGUGGACUACAGUGACGCGCUGACCGAGAAACAGUGGCUGCGGGCCAUCGAGGACGGCAACCUGGAGGAGAUGGAGGAGGAGAUCCGCCUGAAGAAGCGCAAACGCAAGCGGCGGCAGGACAAGGAGCCGUCGUCGGCCAGGGAGGACUGGGGCUCCAAGGCUAAGAAGAGGCGAGGGCGUCCGCCUGCCGAGAAGCUCUCGCCCAACCCGCCCAAACUCACCAAGCAGAUGAACACCAUCAUCGACACCGUCAUCAACUACAGAGACGGGGCUGGCAGACAGCUUAGCGAGGUCUUUGUCCAGCUUCCGUCCAGAAAGGAGCUACCGGAAUAUUACGAACUGAUCCGUAAGCCCGUGGACUUCAAGAAGAUCAAGGAACGCGUCAGGAGCCAUAAAUACCGCAGCGUCGGAGAUCUGGAGAAGGACGUCAUGCUGCUCUGUUACAACGCGCAGACCUUCAACCUGGAAGGAUCCCAGAUCUACGAGGACUCCAUCGUGCUCCAGUCGGUGUUCAAGAGCGCCAGGCAGAAGAUCUCCAAAGACGAGGAGAGCGAGGAUGACACGGAGGAUGAUGAAGAUGAGGAAGAGGAGGAGGAGGAGGAAGAGUCAGAGGCUGAGGCCAAGUCGGUGUGGGUGAAGAUCAAGCUGAACAAGGAGGCCCGCGGAAGCGCAGAACGGGGCAAAAAAAGGCAGAGCCGAGCCAAGGCCAAGCCCGUCGUCAGCGACGACGAAAGCGACGACGACGACCAGGAAGGCAAUGAGCAAUCUGACAUCAGCGAUGACGAGUGAGGACGAGUUCAAGCCCCCCCGACCCCCCACCUCCUUGUCCAGGUUCUGACGUUUUCAUUUCAUCCUAUUAGUCCACACAGUCAGCCCACUGCCUCGCAGUAUGAACGUUUUUUCCCCCCGUUAUAAUAACCAGAUGAGCCGCAUAUGUAAUCCUGUUCCAAGAGAUUUUUUUUUUUAAAACAGUUUUACGUAUGUAAUCGAUUUUUGCCAUUGUUACGCAACGCUUACGCUCGCACCUUUUAGAAAGUCACAAAUGAAAUGUUAAGAUUUCAUGUCGCACUUCUAGAGCAGGGGUGUCCAAAGUCCGCGGUACGAAAGAAUGUAGAACUAAGCUGUGGUCCAGUGACAAUUCAGCUACCGAAAUUCACACACAUGUUUUUUAUAGCCAAUUCUGACCUGAAUUUAAUGUUUAUUUAGGAAAUUCUGCAGACAUUCAAACCAUCCUUUAAGGAAAAAUGUGGUCAUGUCUGUCCCGAUGUGAACAUGAAUGGCAAAGCAACCCAAAAAAAGAACAAUUUUGUUUCAAGUGUUCCAUUGAAACAUCAACGAAUGUCGUUUUAUUUGACGAUAUCGUUCCACAUUUGCCCACCAGAUAGCGAAAGAUGUGCCCCAUUCCUCGCCACAAGCAGUUUUCCUCACCGAAAAGACAACUUGAACUUUCUGAGCUUAUUGUUAGACGCCUGCGAUUAAAGGAGUGAAAUCCGCAAAUAGUUUGCAUUUGUUAUGUGUAUUUCUGGCUGAAGUCAUUUUAAAAUGAGAAAAGUUCGGACACCCCUGAUUUAGGACUGCAUGAGCCUUCCAUUUCCCAUCAUUGACAGUUAUGCCGUUAAGAUCCAGUUGUUUGCUUCAAUACAAGUUGGAAAAAACAACAUUCAAAACAGUAUUAUAGCUUUCAUGCAAUAUAUUUGAAUCAGUAUGUUAUAUUUGAGGGGUGAUUGUAUUUUUCCACAAAUCCUCCUAUUCAUUUUUAGAUUUGGCUUUUGGCGUGAGUUCUCAUCUGGCAGAUAAUCAUAAGGGUCGUCUUAAUGUUUGCUUUCUUUGCACAGCGUCUUUGUGGUUGUAUUGCCUAGCCAAGAGCUAAUUAAAUAACACCAAUUUGGAGCACAAAAAAACAUUUGUUCUUUCUCUAAUUUUUUUUCUUGUGUGUAUAUGUAAGGGUGGGUGUGUACGUUUGUAUGUUUAUUUGCCUCGAUGAAAAAAAGUGAAGAGUAAAUGCGUUAAAAUUUCAAACCGAAGAAUAACAAUGUAUUGAAAAAUAUGCUUCAAUUCAAAUGCAAUACAAAACAGAAAUGAAAUAUCUGUGCUUAUGGAGUAACAUUUUUGUAUCGGGAACAGGAAACAAUGAGAUGACAUGGCAUCAUUGGGUGAAAGGAGCAGCAUAGAUCCAUUAGACGGCGCUACUGUGGGUACAACAUCACAAAAUAAGUUCACGUACAAUCAACGAUUUUUAUUUUUUUUACAGCAGACGCUGUUAGGUAGUCCUUCGUGUCCCUUUGCGGUCUCCCUCUGUUUGCUUACCCACACAAAACACCUCAGGAAGGAAGGGAAAAAAAAGGUCAUCGGGGUAAUUGUCCAUCCAGACAUUUGAGGUUCAAUACCUGACAUUCACUCACCCUCCUCCGUGUUGUGUUAAAAUCAAAUGCCACGACAAUUUUCAAGCGGAACAGCAAGCGAGUGAAGAUGCCGACUGCUACAUUCGCAUCUGGCGCUAACUGCGUCUUCUCCCUCAUGCGCAUUUCACGCCAUUCCAACACCGGAGGGCCGCCACAUCAAAACGGCUUUUCUCAUUCUUUUGCUCUAUACCGCCCGUCCCGAGGCAAGCUUGGCUAAGAUAAUUCCCGCCGUCUUUUUUCCCCCCCUCAACCCUUUUGAAGUGGUCACUCUGUUGGCACAAUCGCCCGAGUGAGCGGGCGUGCCAAUCGGAAGUUAAUCCUCGUCUAAGCGCCCCGCCGGACAUGUCGGCCGCAAACAAGUCGGGUCAAGGCAUCGAUCCAGGUCGGACGGACGGAAUUUCUCUCAGAGGCCAGGUGCUCCCGAUCUGUUUUAAGAAAAUUAAGGACAUUAAGAAAAUUUCCAAAGUUGAGGAAGAGGGUGGGACGAGGAGGCCGGGCUAACUUGCGGCAUGAGCUCUUCAUCCUUUGACCUUGAUGUGCUCGGCAGGAAUGUCACCGUCUGAAAGGGAGUCGGGAUUAGAAAAAGCAGGUGACGCCAUUGUCGAGUGGGACCGUUUAGCCGUGUUGGCUUUGCGCUGCCUGGCUUUUCAUCACACUGUUGAUGCAGCUGAUCCCUCGUCAACACAUUUUUUCUUACAGACAGCAGUUUAAUCAAAGAUAAGGUAUUCCUUUAUUUGUCAUGGUAUUAACUAGUGCAAGAAAUUCUUUUUUUUUUCACAUUUCUGACUUCUCAACUCCAGUUUUUAAAUCCAAUAGCAUGCCUUCAAGUCAAACCUACAAAUCUAGAAAGCCAUUGGCCUUUCCUUGUGCAGGUUUGAAUGUUGCUGACAAGAAAUUUCCAGAACGUUGGUCUUCUUUAGUUGGUGUGACCAUUGAUGCUAGUGUUAGCAUUUCGAACCAUCCACAGAUUGUUGUCGCCAAAUGAUUAAGGUGCUUGAGAGCCUUGGCCUUUCCUUGUACAUCCUCCUGACAACAAAUAAUAGUCUGGAAUGACAAAUUAACAUCUGCCUGGGACCUUUAUUUGAGCACUGAUACUCUCAAGAACUUCCUCCUAAAGCGUCUGUGAAGCCUUUAGUUUGCGCUCAUCUUAGCUUCUACAAAACUCAUCACAGGUUGCGAUAAAACCGCCGAAGGUUUAGCAUUGGAAUUACUUUGGAGCAAGAAAUGGAACAUUUUUGAUUGAGUCUCUGGUUGUCUUCUAAAACAAGCUCAAUUCCAUUGUCCAUGUUUGCUUUUGCUAAUUUUGCGCUUGAUGGGUUACAGCGGUUCUUUUCUCAAUUACAUUUGUGUGAAAAUUGUGCGAAAAAAAGAAAUUAACUUGGGCCAAACAUCAAAAGGACUAAUUAUUUGAGGUUGGAGGUGCUUAUUUUUUGAACAGUGAUAAUAGCGCCUUUCUACCGCACUGCCAAUUAAGUGUCAGGGUGGAUACAAGGGCAGACAUUUUUGACAUAUUGUCACUUGAAGCUGAUAAAGUUGAACAUUCUUCAAACGUACCGGCAGGCGGUAAAGUGAAACCAAACUGGAGAUCAUUCUGUGGACCUGCUCACAAACCUUUGGUGAACUACUUUCAUUAGCUUUAGCCUUGAUGCUAAAUGUUGCCGUUCAGAGACGGAGCCAAGCAAUUAAGGUGAUGCAUCAGAAAUGCCUGCGCUAAAGCUCAUUAUUAACAUUAGUUCAAGUCUAUCAGCUUAAUUACCCUACGGCCCAAUCUCUGAUACUGAAUGUAAACAUUAGCAUCAGUGCUAACGGUCUUAUCGAUUCCCAGCACUAGAAGUAGCCAAAGCACACACACUUGAGCUUUUUUUUUUGGAUACUAUAGAUAACUAAAUGAAAAAGCUCAACACAGACAGAAAGCAUUUCGGUCACGCAACCUCUCUGUGAAUAAUGGCUACAAAUUAAAAAAUAAUCAAGCCAAGAGGGAAGGAUGAAUUAGCAGGAGGAAACAUUUGCGAAUAAUUGUAUUCGCAGCGUGGUCAUUCCUCUGACUUGCGAUCAAAACCAAACAAGUUUUCAUUAUUUGACAAUUAUCGGUUAUACCUGAAGAGUUUAACGGACAAAAAGUCAAGAAAUUUGACGGUCUCUAUAAGGUUAGGUCUGGACUCCUCUGGGAUACGGCACUCCCAUCAUAUUCCGUUUCGGCAACCUUUACUAAUGUAUAUGUAUAAUAUUCAAGUCAUAUUUGACAAUCAAAUAUACCAUAGAUAGAAGAUGGAUGGAUUUCCAUCUUUAAUUAUAAUUCGACCGGAGGCGCUUCUUGUUCCUCUAAAGGGAUUUUAUGAUAUCCAACUUUCUUUGUACCCAUCGGGUAUCCCUUUUUUUUUUUUUUUAUGGUAAUGACGAGUCUCCCGCGGAACGCUGACACGGAGAUGAGCCUCCCUGCCACCAUGGCUGCUUUCGUGUUUAUUGCCUUACAGGGUUGUUUUUGGGGGGGGGGCGAAAACUCAAAAUUGAUUAUUUUGAAUGUUUUCCUCUCAUUUACUUAAUGACUUACAAACACACACACACAAACAAAUGUUCUUAUUUUGCAAGUGUACAAACCUGAGCUUUCUAUGCUUUCACUUUAGCAUUGAUGCUACUGCUAACUGAAGUGGGGGAAAACCAUGACGUCAAAUCCCAACACGUGGAGAAAAUGUGCCAAAUUAAGCCCAGAGAGCUGCUGACAAAGCCAGCGUUCACCGCCAGCAUCUCGCUGUUAGAGCCAAUUAACGGCUUGUUUGGAACGAGCUCCAGCAGAUGUUACAACGGCCAUCCCCCAAUUUGCACGAGGGAGCUCACCGUAUCUAAAAUUUUAUUUUUUUACAUUUCUCAUCAGGGCUCAUAUUUCUUACCCCGACUGACCAAUCAGAUGGUCCAACAUUUAGCUGUAAAUACAACUUAACAAAAUGAAUGAGUUGCUAAGUGCAAUGUGACAAAGGUAGCGUGUGACUUUCUUGUUAUGCAACUUUUAUUUGAAUGUGUUCUCAAUUUUGUCUGCUAACAUUCCAAUCUAAUGCUACACUUAGAAUUCAUAAUUAUUUGAUAUUUAUGCCAGUGUGACUUUUUUUAAAUAUAUAAACAAACAUAAUGAGCGCA